GCACUGGUCUUAAAGCUUAUUACAGACAACAAAUAGGGUCGUUGCCAUAGAAUGCCAGUACUGCAAGAAUAAAAUAUAUAUUUGGCGGUUUCUGAAUGUAUUUAAAAGUAAAAAUUCUGGGUAUAUCCGAAGGUGUCGUGUGUAAUUUGUAAUUGUGGGUUAGUUUCUAGUAAAGGACAACAAAGGAGCCACUGAUGCGAUAGUCAUUUGUAACGGGACGUUCAGCUAACGCAUGCCCGCAGCUUGCUAGCCCAAUGAUAAUUUUGUAGCGGCGUCAAGUAAGAAAUAUAAUUCGAUGUGUUGUGUCGAGUUUUCUGUGUGAAUCCGGGAUUUUGCAGUGUUCACGAAAUAAUUUCAAUUAUGAUUUUACGCGUGAAGUGAUCUUAACUGUGAACCAAGUGAAAUAGAACCAUGAACCACCGCAUUUAUCAUGUAGGACCAGAAUUGUGUAAAUAAAAUCCUAUAUCAAGUAACACUGCAUGUAGGUUACGUUCGCUCAAAUACAUUUAUUUAUUUCUUCUUUUAAAAUGUAUGCUAAGGGUAAAGCAUCAUCAGUGCCGUCCGAUGCACAAGCCAGAGAAAAGUUGGCUCUAUACGUUUACGAAUACCUGCUACACGUUGGUGCACAAAAGGCAGCACAGACGUUUUUGUCUGAGAUUCGAUGGGAAAAGAACAUAACGUUAGGAGAACCCCCAGGAUUUUUACAUUCUUGGUGGUGUGUAUUUUGGGAUUUGUAUUGUGCGGCCCCUGAAAGAAGGGACACUUGCGAACAUUCAUCGGAAGCGAAAGCUUUCCACGAUUACGGUUUUGUGAAUUCUGGAUAUGGAGUUAAUGGAAUCGCACAUAACACGGGACCUGCGCCAAGUCCUCUGGGACAAAUGCCCGCCGAUGGAAUGCCAGGUGGUCCCAUACCUCCAGGUUUUUUUCCUAACUCAACGUUGCGACCCUCACCCCCUACUCACCCGUCAAGUCAGCCGUCUCCUCACUCACAACCCCCACCCCCGCACUCCAACAUUAUGACGUCACAGCCUUACCUGACCCCACGAUAUCCUGCGGGACCACGACCCGGAGUCAGAAUGCCUCAGAUAGGAAGCGAUUUUAAUGGACCCCCUGGACAACCACUUAUGCCGAAUAACAUGGACCCGACCAGACAAGGUGAUGGCGGAGAUUUUGUAGGUUGGCAAGGCCCCCCGACAGCAAUGAAUAGAAUGAACCCUCCGCGAGGGCCUUCGAUGGGGCCCCUAGGUCCGAGCUCCUAUGGUCCUGGACUUAGGGGGCCCCCGCCCAACAGUAGUCUCGGACCUGGAGGACCUAUGCCUCCCAUGACCAUGACACCUGGAGGACGACCCCAAUGGCAACCUAAUACGUCGACACCAAUGAACUACUCAUCAUCAUCACCCGGCAACUACGUAGGUGGUCCCCCGGGAUCAGCAGGUCCAGCUGGUCCAGGAACGCCGAUAAUGCCCAGUCCGCAAGAUUCAAGUAAUUCUGGAGGGGAAAACAUGUACACGUUAAUGAAACCAGCAGUAGGAGGAAAUAUGCAAGGAGACUUCCAAAUGGGCGGAGGGCCAGAAGGGGGAGGUCCGAUGGGUCCCAUGGGUCCAAACUCGAUGGGACCUGUCAUAAACGGAGAUGGUAUGGAUGGAAUGAAGAAUUCGCCGGCUAACGGAGGUCCCGGUACGCCGAGGGAAGACAGUGGAAGUGGUAUGGGUGAUUACAACCUUGGAGGUUUCGGCGGACCGGGAGAAAAUGACCAAACGGAAUCGGCUGCUAUUUUGAAAAUAAAAGAGAGCAUGCAAGAAGAGGCCAAGAGGUUUGAGAAAGACUCGGAUCAUCCUGAGUAUUUCAUGCAAUAACUCACCUCGGCUGGCCCAAAAUAGGCUGGUGGACUAUGCCUCUUCCUUGAACCUAACCUACUAACACGGGCGGUGGUGUGUGAAAAGCAAAAAGCAAAAGCCAACUCUUCGGGCCGCGCCACUAGUCAAGUCAUCACUCUUCUAUUUGUUUCCAGAUAUUCCUGUGAUUCCACAGCAGGGACCACAGGACUCAUCGCACAUGUCAAGUUCCUUCAUCCUGAAAUAUUCACACCCUUUUGUCCACCAGCCUAGGCGGGCUGGACCAUUCAACUGCGUUCUGUUCUAAUCACGGCAACUCAGCUGUGUCAAGAGUCUCGUGCUCCAUUUUACUACAUUCAUUAUAGACCAUAAAGAGAUGUUAAAUUCUAUUUGUUUUAACAUUAAUUCUUGUAUGCCUAUUCAUUUUUCCUUCCAUGACGAUAUCUAAUUUGGUAACAGCCUUGUAACCUACUCAGCUGCCUAUAUACACAUCCUUUAAAUUAAUAUAUAUUUUCUUAAUUAACAAAGCCUGAAUUCUGAAGAUUUGUUUGGUAAUUAGAUUCAUAUACGGACGAUCCAUUUAACCUGAGAUAACAUUUUCCUGCUUAACAAAGAAAGGGUCAUUAUUGUCAAGAAUGUCGCCAUUUUCUUUCUUCUUUAGUAUUAAGAAAUUACUACUUGAAAUAUGCGGUCCUCGGGUUAAAUGGAUAACCAAGAAUAUAUUACAGAGAAUAACUAAUUUUGCUUUGGAACUUCAUAGCGAUUAUUGUACCAAAGCCAUACACCCGUAAAUGAUAUUAGAUAUUAUAAAUUAAAUGUCUGUUGUAUAUAGUAUUGUUUGACUGGCAAAUGGACUGAUUUACGGAGUGUAGGCUUAAUGUUUGUGUAUAUAUAAAAAUAUUUAUUGUGAUUUUUUCAUGUGAAUAUAAGCAAAACGCUAGUCAGAACUAUCCUUAGUAUCAAGUUGGAAGGAAACCUGAAGGCACCUAUAUGUAUAGUUAGGAAGAUGGCAGCCAAAUCAUGUGAUAAUACAUAAAAUAACGUGCAAAAACAUUACAUUACGUCGAAAGUUAAUUAUGAAUUUUGCAAAAUAAAUUACUAAUAAAGUUAAAUUUACUUUAAGGCAUUUUUUCAUGUGUCUUAAUAAUAACUGGAUUUAUACGUUUUAAUGGUGAAGUUUAUACAGUUUUUAUUUUAUGACAAAACUAUACAUAUCUAGAAACUAGUAUACCUAGACAUAAUGUUUUUCCUUAUAACCGCUACUUUUAAUAUAAAUUCAGUAAAUAAGUUCCUCAUUAAAUUUUCCAAAAAUACGCAAUUGGAUCUAGAUUUAGACAUUUUUAAUUUGACAUUAUGUCAGUCUGGAUCAGGUGGAUUGUCUGAAUAUUUCAGCCAAUUCCUCUUAGAUUUAUUAGAAUAACUGCCAGUAUAUUUUAUAUUUGUCAUAACUUAGUUUGUGUUUUAAAUCAGUGUAAUGAUUUGUUUAGCAUAACACAACAAACUAUUUACUUGACAUUAUCUGAAUUCUUUGGCUGUCACUCUCCUCAUAAAUUUUUUGAUUCGUCUGCAUUUUAUACACGCUGAUAAGAUUAUUACCGCUGUCUAUUUCUAUUAAGUUCUUAAUGUGUACAUAUUACAUCAAAUACUUAUUUCUGUUUUGUAUAGUAAAAUCAGACAUAAGUAGGUUGGUUAAUAAUUCAGUGUUUAAAUGCAAUUGUGUUUUUUAAGUCUACUAGCAUAGCAGCAGUUUGUUUUUUUUUUUGUUAAUUCAGAGUGCUUAAAUAUGAUGUGAUACGAAAAUCGAGAACAUUGAUGUUAGUAGUCAAUUGAAAACUAAGAAGGAAUGAUAUAAGCGUGAAGUUAAAAUGUGAUAUUAUUGCAAAUGUAUCACGCCGAUAUUGUUCUGUUCUGAAACAUUAUCGUAAUCAGGUUUUGAAUUGUAGCGCUGAAAAUAUAUAGCCGAAUUAUGCAAUUUCAGCAAGGCGGUACUUGUUUUCUUGGAGGUGUAAAUAUGAUUUCUUUAUUUAUUAUCCAUAAUAUUGAGCUCAUCUCGAUUGUGUGAGAAUGCUUAGUUAUACCGUAAGAGAUUAAUAUAUCAACAAUCAUAAAAUGAUUGUCACAAGCGAAUCUAUCCACUAUUGAUGCAUCUUCUACAUGUAUUAUAAAUUAUUUCAGCUUUAGCAACCAAAUUUAUUUUUGAUGCAUCAAUGAUAUUUACUAUCGCGAUGUAAGGCAAAGAAAGUACCUUUCGCAUAAAAUCAUUUUAGUAAGACUUAAUACAAAGAAAUGGAUGCGUAUGAUGAUAAUUCAGUUGAUCUUGAAGUGCGGCAUUUAAAAAUAAUAGGUCAUUUGUAUUAUCAGAAGUCAGUUAUAAAACCUAUUAAAUUGGGAUAUUAAUUACUUUUUUUUUGUCUGAAUGAGAAAAGAAAAAAAUUAAUAAUUGUACAUCAUUCAGCCAAGUACCCGCAUAGGGUCGAAAAUUUUAAAUGUAAAAGAAACUGUAACACUAUACUAAUAAACUAAUAGUUAAGGGAAGGAAAGUGUGUUCAUUAAGUUCUAAAAUAUGUUGCGAAAGGUUUUUCAAAAAUCCUUUAUAUGUGUUCUCUGCUCAUUCUUUUAUUGUAAAUGUUUAGAAACAUAAGAACAAAAAUUAUUUGUCAAGUUAUUGGACUAAUGACAUUAAAAAUAGUAAAUAUCAGAAAUUGGAUUUGUUGUGUUUUAGACAAUUCUGUACAGAUCUUAUAGUAUAAUCAAACCUUUAAAAAUUUGACAUCUCUAUAAAAAUCUGGAUUUUCAAAUAUAGUAUGGUUAAACUGUAGUCAAAACGGGGCCGUAAAAAGUGGAAAAAUUAGUAGCAGGACAAUUCAUCCUCACCCACCAAAUCCGAGUUUGCGAACUAAAUUUCCCAAUAAGACCAAUUGCUGUUUUGUCACUCGAGUCCAUUGGAUUAACCGUUAAGGUUAAAAGGUACAUUUUCAUUCAAAUAGUAAAGUUCUAGAUAACAAUUCUCAAUAUAUUUUAUUUAUUUAUUUUGAUUUAUAAUUAGAUUUGUUACUAAAACUUUACCAUUUGAUUAAAAACCUUCACUUUUUCUGGCAUUAUUCCAAAAAGGAAGCUUUGUGCGUAAGCUCAGAUUUACACGACCUCUACAGAAUUUGUCUUACUACUAUUUUUUUCAACAUUACAGUUUCACUGUACUACUAUAGUACAGCCUGUAAAGUUUUUGUUGAUAAUUUAGUUUCACAAUGUAAUUACUUAAAAUUAUAGGCAAUUAAAAAUGAAAAUACCAGUGUGAACUAUAUGAUUGUAGUUUCUACGGCAUGGUUUGACUUAUGACUUUAUUAAUUCCAUGACGAAUCCGAUUGAUUGAGAUAUACCGCAUUUUAUACAGUCUGUAUAUUUCUCUCAAUAUAAAAUCUUCCAUGCUCUUAUGUUAAGUUAGGUACUUUAUCAGUAUUAUAAUUUAGCCUUUUUCGAUUAGGAUUUUAAGAUGUCUAUACUUUUUUGUUUUGUCCAUAAAGGCUGAGAUUUUAUCUUAUCCAGUGAUUUGGCUGUACUAAUUAAUUUUUGCAAAACUUAGUUUUUUUUUAAACCCAGUGAAUCAUGUUUAUGCUCUUUAACUACUUGUAAUGCAUCACAAUAGAUCUAAAGUAGGAUUUUAAGAAUUGUAGCUGUACUUUGUCUAAUCUUUAUAUAAAUGGAUUCGUCUGGAUUGAUAAAAGCUCCAAAAUAGUUAUGUAAAUACAUGCGAUAGAAAAAUGUUAAGGGCAACGCUCUAGAAAAAACAUGUAAUUCUAAUGACAUAUACAGGUACAUUGUGUAUUCUUGAUCUAUGUAUGUACCUCUCCACCUGAGAAAGUUUAAUUUUAUUGGUAAUUAUUUUAUGAUCUUGGACCGUAACUAGGAUAAGAUGUUAAUUUAUAAAAUAUUCUCUUAAAAGUAUAUACUUAAAUUGAUUUAUUAGACUAUUAGUUAGAUUAUUUCGAAUGGGCAUGUAUGGAAGAGAAUGGUUGAUAUGUGAUAUGAAAUUAUUUGUGAAGAUGUGAAUUAUUAAUAUUAUUGUUUUCUUUUUUGUAUGGAUAAUAAAUAUUAAAAGUUUA